UUACCUUUGGUCUACUUGAUGGUGUCCAUUGGUGACCUUUAUGGACUUUUGAACUUCUAUAGCUUCUCCCGCUGGUUCUUCAUAGGACUUACCACAUUGGGGUUCAUGAUACAUUGCUAUCGACAUCCAACAAUACUAAGACCUUUUAAGGUGCCUCUGUUCUUCCCACUGGUAUUCACAGUAGCCUGUUUCUUCAUUGUGGGGACAUCACUAUAUUCAGAUCCUGUGAACACCAGUAUUGGAUGUGCUUUAACUUUAUCUGGCUUACCUGUCUACUAUCUAGUGGUUCAGAAAACUAGAAUACCAGGCUGUUGUACAUCAAAGUUCAACUCUAUGACAGUGAAGCUACAGAUCCUGAUGAAGGUGACUCUUCAGGAAGUCCAGAUGCAUUGAAGGAGUUGUGUAUUGGAGUAAGGAAAGCAAUAGACUGCAAGGAGCCCGCAAAAUCCUCACACUACUACUGUAAGGAACAUGCCUCCAAGCCAUUUUAAAGCAAGCAGCAAGAGAUAAAAUAUGUGAGAAUCCCUUUCCAUGAAUUACCCCCUUGUUUCAUUUUGUCUUUUAAAGGUAUAAGACUGAUCUUCUGUCCAGAAGCUUGAACAAGCAGUUUAUAAGGAAUAAAAAUAAAUCAAAACCUUUUAUGAAAAACCCAACAGCAAUAUCUGCAGAACCUUAAGCAAGUCUUAGUUCAGUAUAUACAGUAACCAUAAUGUUCUUGUCCAAUACAUCACUUCCUUCUUAUGAUAUAAAUAAGGAAUCUAUUGUCAUAGGAAAUGUGGGAUUGCAGCUCUAAAAAUGUUCAACCUUGCACAAAAGUAUAGUAAGAAAAUUCAGUUCAAAAAUGAUGUAUAAAAUAGAGAUUGAAAAUGUUUCAAGGUUUAAAUUUCCACAUCCAAAAGGUUCCAGCCUCAAAACCAUUGCCAACCUUAUCAGAAAUGGUCUGCCAUUGGAAUAGCCUGCUCUGACUCUACCAAAAGAAAAAAGUGAUUUCAGUAUAAGCUUUUUCUACUUACCAUUUUCAGAGCCAGAAAAUUUUGUUAAGAUUGGAAUACUUCUGAUGAGACUGAUGUUUCUGAAAUCUGGCAAUUUAAAUCUUGAAAUGAUCUGCACACUACUGCUAGAGAGACAUAUCCCAAGUAAAUAUUCUACACAUAUGACCCUAAAAAUUUAGGGCAAGUGUUGCAAUGAUUUGUUUUAAUGUUUGUUCCAUUUGUUUCUUUAAAAAUAUACUUGUAAGUAAUUUUUGUAAUGGAAGUAAUCAGAUUUUUUUAAUUCCUUGAAAAUAAUAAAUUAUAACUGUGCAUUCUGUAAAUAAUUGCUUCUAAGCCUUAAAGAAUGCUGAAGCACUAGCCAGAGUCAUGUUUAAAAUCAACAACGAAGGGAACACGGUGCUUCAGUGGUGGGUUGCAGGUGGUAUGCCCUGGUAUGGGCGUACCAUUCCGGUACGGUGCUCCGGAGA